AUGCAAUUGGAUGAGCCCCAAGUUUCAAAAGAGCAUAUCAGUCGGCUGCCACAAGGUGAUAUGGAUCAGUACUCUCCUAAUGGAAAUGUUGCGGGAAUUCCUAAUGAAAAUGUGGAUGGUGAUACAUGUAUGAGAAAGGAUGGUGAUACAUGUAUGAUUAAGGAGGAAGCUGGUGUUUUGGAAUCCCUGCUAGUUGGGAUUAAGGAAAGAAGUGGAGAGGAAAGUAUGAGGGCAAAUUCUGAAGAGGGUAAUGUGGCGUUUGAUGAUGAUCGUGGUUUGAGAUGUGUGAAUGAACCUCCAAACAAAGGUUACCAUUCUGAUAUGGAGAAUUCGUCAAGUAUGGAAGUUAUAGAGGCAGCAUCUCCAGUCUCUGAAACUGGAACGUGUACAGAAGCAGUUGAACUGCUUGAGAGAACUGCCCAGACUGGUAUGAUAACUAGAUCAAAAUCUAGAUUCCUCUCCGCUUCCCAUACUAGUCAAUGA